UGAUGCAGUCCCCGGGCACGCAGGGCCCCCCCCCCCCCCCCCCCCCCCCCCGCGGCCGUCCGGUGCCCGCGCCCGGCGCCCGCCCCGGGGACAGCGGCAGCGGCGGCGGCAGCGGGGACAGCGGCAGGCGGCCGCCCCCCUUUUCCACCUCCUUCUCACCUGGGGGGGCCCGGGGCAGCGGUGCCCCCCCGACCUCUGCGCGGGAGGAACGACGGCUCUCGGCACUCUGCUGCGCUGCUUCCCCUGCGAGCGGCUCUGCGGGGGGUGCACGGUGCCCCCUGCCCCCCCGCGCCCUCCCGGGGCCCUGCCGCCCGCCAUGCCCCCCCCCCCGGCGCUGCCUGCCCCCCGCCUCCCACCUGCCCCCCAGGACCUUCCACAGCUACCUGCCCCGCUCCCACCGCACCUACAGCUGCGUCCACUGCCGGGCCCACCUGGCCAGGCACGAGGAGCUCAUCUCCAAGUCCUUCCAGGGCAGCCAUGGCCGUGCCUACCUGUUCAACUCUGUGGUGAACGUGGGCUGUGGCCCGGCGGAGCAGCGGCUGCUGCUGACGGGGCUGCACUCGGUGGCCGACAUCUUCUGCCAGAGCUGCAAGACCACCCUGGGCUGGAAAUACGAGCAGGCCUUCGAGAGCAGCCAGAAGUACAAGGAGGGGAAGUUCAUCAUCGAGAUGUCGCACAUGGUGAAGGAGAACGGCUGGGACUGAGGGGCACCCCCACCCAGCAGCACCCCUGCCCCGGCGGGCACCUGUGCUGGGGUGCUGGCAGUGGGUGCCCCCCCCACCUUCGCGCCUCCCCCAGUGCCCCCCUGGGGGGGCACGGGGGGCUGCGGGGGCUUUUCUAGGGCAAUAAAGGCUUUUUUAGGAA